AUGCUGGCCCAUUUCUCUAUUCUCACAUGCUCUACGGAACCAACAGCAAUGCCACAGCAAGGAUUCAACAUUAUGGUGUGGAUGCUGACCAUGAACCGCGGGUACUCAAUAGCGGAAUACGAUGUGGUUUAUCACGCAGUAGGGGAGUGCUUUCCAUUGAAGGAUUCGCCCGAAAUAAAGUAUGAGCCCAUGAAUCCCGAUUCAUUUCGUAUGCUGGCAACGCGUCUCCUGCCAUUGCUUGUAAUGUUCAAAGGUAGCAUUCCACGAGGCCACUGGAUAGAUCAGGUCACGAAGAGAGGGAAGCACUGGAUAGAACUCGUUGGCUACCUCGGGGAGCGGACCCCUUACGACAUAGGCUAUCACCUUUCGUUCAAGAACUCGCUCUGCGGGAUAGCAAUUGCCCAGGGACACACCGAGGCUGUAGCAAAUAUUGGACUUGGAAUCAGGCAGCUCAAGGUAGAACCUGAUGGAAUAUCGGUGGAGGAAUAUUUUUCAACGUUACACCAUAAGUUAACGCUAUUCGAGAUUGACAGCAUCCUGGGGAAUCCAGACGAUGUCGUGCUCAAGCGCUUAAACAUGAUCCUCACUCUGAAGGAGGCGUACCUAAACGCCGUCGGCUCGCCUUUGAGCAUUGACUCGUUUUCUCGGAUGGAAUUCGACAUACCUAAUCAACGUGUUUCUGGAGACGGGAACGAUCUUCCGGGUUGGGAAUUUCGAAUCUUCGUCGCCAGUGUUGGUGUUGCGCGUGGUUCCAAGAUCGUAGAGGAGCAGUACGAGUGCGUUUGUGCCAUGUUCACAGGAGCCAGCGAAACUCGCUUCAUCUUUCAUGAUACAUCGAAGUCGCUGUCUCAAUGGGUACAGUUCGGCAACCUUGACAAUCUCUUUUCAGUUAUACCUCAGUUUUAUUCUUGA